UGCGAAACGUCGUGCGUGACAGAACUUCGAGAGCGCAGCGCAGUAUAUAAAAAAAUACAAUACAAACACAAGAGCAAAAAUAUCUAGAGAAAGAAAAUAAAUAACUAUAAAAGAACUAACCAAAGUGCAGUGCAGUUUUAAGUGAAAUUGAUUUUGAAAAUGUUGUCCAUGCACGAAUUAAUGGAUAUGAGAAUGCAGCAGCAGCUGGCCCAUGAGCUGUACCGUCAACAGAUCAUGCAACGUAUACCGGAUCCGUUCCCGAGUAUGCUGCCGUUGCACAUGGCGCAGCAUCAGCCACAGACGAUGAUGAUGCCAAGUCCGCGACCAACUCUGCCGGGCGUGGAGGCCAAGUUGGAGAAUAACGAUUUGUGGCAGCAAUUCCAUCAGAUUGGAACCGAGAUGAUCAUCACCAAGAGUGGCAGACGCAUGUUCCCCUCGAUGCGCGUUUCCCUCUCCGGCCUCGAGGAUGAGACCAACUAUUGUGUGCUGCUCGAGAUGGUGCCCAUUGGCGACUGUCGCUACAAGUUCUCCGGCUCCCAAUGGGUGCCAGCUGGCGGUGCCGAGCCACAGAGUCCUCAACGCAUGUAUCUGCAUCCGGAUAGUCCGGCAACGGGCGCGCAUUGGCAAUCACAGGCGCUGCUCUUCAACAAGGUCAAGCUGACGAACAACACACUGGACAGCAAUGGACACAUUGUCUUGGCUAGCAUGCACAAGUAUCAACCGCGUCUGCACAUCAUUCGCAGUAGCGAGCUGACUCAGCUGCCCUGGGCACCACAGCAGGCAUUUGUGUUUCCGGAGACGGAGUUUGUGGCCGUGACAGCCUAUCAGAACGAUCGCAUUACCAAACUGAAGAUCGACAACAAUCCAUUUGCCAAGGGUUUCCGCGAGACAGGCCAGUCCCGUUGCAAACGCAAGUUGAACAGCAGCUCCAACUCCAGUGCUGAUUCCGAGGACGAUGGAUCUAGCGUCAGCAGCUGUGACUCGCCACAAGCGAAGCGUCAACGCUCCGACUUUGAGCUGGAUUCACAGCGCAGUCUUUCGCCGGCUUACUACGCUGCUCCCACAGCUCCAGCAGCGAUGGCAUCUCCCCCCACACUGGCAGCUCCUCUUCCAUCGUAUUCUCAUGCACUUGGCUACGCGCCGAGCGCAGCCUUGUUGCAGGCCGCCUACUUUGCUGCAGUUCCUCCGCUCUCCGCACUGCCGCCACCCACGCCAACCUAUGUGCCAGCUUCUACACCCCAAGAGACCAUCAGCUCCAACUCCAGCUCCACUUCGAGUUCGUCAGCAACAAGUUCGCCACGCACCACAACUUCUAAGAAACGCAACAGCUUCAGCAUUUCAGCGAUUUUAGCUUAUUAA